CAUUUGAGCCUUGGGUUACCGAUUUGCAGAUUCAGUACGCUCUUAACGAUCAGUUCGAUAAGUUGGCUUUGCUCCAAUUGGUACUGUCUAGAGAGAGAGAGAGAGAGAGAGAGGAGAGAGCGCGAGAGCGAGAGAGCAACCAUGGCCCUCUGGCUUUCUGUCACAAGCUUGCGAUCUUCUAUGUUCUGUUUCCAUCAAACGUCAUCUUUUCCUCUCUACUCAUUCGUAGAUAAGAAAGCGAUUUCUAGGAGAAGCAUCAGGACCAGAGCUUUGAGAGAAUGGCAGGAAUAUGAAGAUGCAGUGAAGGAAAAAGACCUCGCCAGAGCUCUUAGAUUCUUGAAAUCUCUGGAGGGCCUCUCAAUUCAAUCCUCUGCUUCUCCUACGCCGGCUUCUAUCUCUCCAAUUCUUACUCCGGCUGAUGAUUUAAAGUUAUUUCGGACGGAGCGGGACUGGGAAGUUUUGGAUACGUGCUUGAAUGCUGACGAUAUGAAGCUUGUGGGAAGUGCUUAUGCGUUUCUUAAGGACAGAGGAUUCUUGCCCACUUUCGGAAAAUGCAGGAAUAUAGUUCUGGAGGGUCCAAGAGAUGUUACACCAACAGUUUUGAAGUCUUCAACUGGUUUGGAAGUGUCUAAGCUUUCUCCAAAAAAGUGGGGUCUUUCUGGAAGCUCGAGUACUGCUUUAUUUGCUUUUCUUGGUGGUGUAUCCUAUCUGCUGUUUCAAGGAAUAGAUAUAAGGCCUAACCUUGCAACCAUACUAGUGCUAGCCAUGCUAGAUGCUGUGUUUCUUGGAGGAUGCUGUUUGGCUCAAAUCUCCAGUUAUUGGCCUCCAUAUAGGCGUCGGAUUCUUGUUCAUGAAGCAGGGCACCUUCUCACCGCAUACCUUAUGGGCUGCCCAAUCCGUGGGGUGAUUUUAGACCCAAUUGUUGCAAUGCAGAUGGGAAUCCAAGGACAGGCAGGAACUCAGUUUUGGGAUGAGAAGUUGGAGAAGGAGUUUUCAGAAGGCAGGCUUAGCACUGCUGCCUUUGACAGGUACUGCAUGGUUCUUUUUGCUGGAAUUGCAGCUGAAGCUCUUGUAUAUGGAGAAGCUGAGGGUGGAGAAAAUGAUGAGAAUCUGUUUAGAAGUAUCUGUCUUCUUCUGGAACCCCCAUUGUCUAUUGCACAGAUGUCAAAUCAGGCAAGGUGGUCGGUUCUACAGUCAUUUAACCUUCUCAAGUGGCAUAGACAUGUUCAUCGUGCUGCUGUUAAGGCCCUAGAAAGGGGCUGCACUCUUAGUGGAGUUAUUAGGAGUAUCGAGGAAGCCAUGCCUACUAAUAGAUGAACUGGUCAAAGCAGUGCAAAGAUAUCGAAGUUUCAUCAUUUCUGAUUGUAUUAAGCAUUGGCAGUCCAACCAACCUAAAAUCUUGUCCACCACAUCAUGAAUUCUUCAAUAGAACCCGUGUUUGUCGCAAUGAGACCACCAGAUUUCCUUAUGGAGCAUAUCAUAGCUAUUGUGCACCUGGAACAGUGAACAACCUUGAGAAGCUGCAUGAACUCUGCAAUCCUUAUAGCAACUCUAUUUCACAGAAGAUAGUAAACUUCCUCCUUCAUCCAGUUUGGGAGGCAUAUGCAUUCCCAACAAAGCAAGGGGAUGACUGGAUUGGCAAUUCAAGGACUUGGGAUCUAAAUGCUGGUAGAUUGAUGCACUAUUACAGGGAUCAAGGGACUUCAUUUCCAGACCAAGUAUGGUAAUCUAUUGGUGUGGGAGCUCACAUGCAUAUGAGCCGAGAUCAAGUUACAGAAUGGAAUCUCAGAGACUUCAAAAUCCUCAUUUGUCCAUCUGAACCAGAGGGAUGACUACCUACCCUACAGAGUUUUGUGAGACAAGAUAAUGAACCUUAUUCUUUUUGCCUCGUGUCUAUUUUUCAAUUUUUUUUUCUAAUAUAGUAAAAAGCUUUAUAUUUCUAGUGCGAGUAUAAACUGCUCUAGUCCCCCAAAUUAGGUUGUAAUUGUUUUUUAAUAAUCACAUUCUGGUGGGGUUUUGUUCC